GUUCAAGAUGGUGGCCAGGAUGGUGGAGCAUGUUGUCGCUGAUGCGGGGGCUUUCUUAAAAAACGCCGCUUUACAUGAAAUUGGGAAGAAUAUCUACACCCUGAAGGAUGUCGUGAAUGAGAUUCGGGACAAACAGACGAAAAGGAACUUGGCGUUUUUACCCUACAAGCUGAACUUCAAAGAACCUUUUCCAGAACACGUCCGAUUCGUGACCGAGUUUGCCAAAAAGACUGGAGAUUAUCCCAGCCUGUCAGCGACAGACAUUAAGGUCUUGGCUCUGACCUACCAGUUGGAGGUGGAGAAUGGUGGAGCUGCUCACUUGAAGAAAGAACCAGCAGUACAGGUGGAAGUCCACAGUACACAAAGACACCCAGAAGCUCCGGUGAACAUCGCCGGGUUCCACCUUCCUUCAAAACAGAAAUCCUCACCCGACUCGGUGAGCGACGUUCAGCAGCCUGCAGCAUCACAUGAACAUCCCGCUGCCGAGAGCUCAGAGUUUAACAGCUUCCAGUUUUGGAGAGAUCCCCUACCCAGAAUUGAUGAUGACUUACUGAAACUGGUGGAAUCCUCAGGCAGCUCGGCCACAGAUGUUCAGCAUGACGUUGUGUCUCGUGAGCCUCAGACUGCCGAGAGCUCGGAGUUUAACAGCUUCCAGUUUUGGAGAGAUCCCUUACCCUGCAUUGACGAGGAGUUAUUAACGUUCGUGGAUGUCACGGAGAAAGUUCCGAGCGUGGAUCUGACGUCGGCGAAGACUGAAAACGAGGACGAUGCUGAUGAUGAAGACGAUGAGGAUGAUGAGGAUGAUGGCGGUGGCUGGAUAACUCCCAGUAACAUAAAACAAAUCCAGAUGGAUGCCGGUGAAUGGCGUCUGUCAGAAAAUGUCACAGUGGGCUGCGUGACCACCGACUUUGCGAUGCAGAACGUGCUCAUUCAGAUCGGCCUCAACGUGAUGUCGGUGAACGGCAUGCUCAUCAAACACACCAGAAACUACAUCCUUCGCUGCCACGCCUGCUUCAAGACGACGACAAAUAUGAACAAGGUUUUCUGUCCACAUUGCGGCAACAACACGCUGAAGAAGGUGGCGGUGACGCUCCGUGAAGACAGCAGCAUGCAGAUGCACUUCUCCAGCAACCCCAAAGUGCUCAAUCCCAAAGGAAAGAGGUACUCUCUUCCUCUCCCACAAGGCGGUAAACACUCAAACAACCCCCACCUGGUGGAGGAUCAGCAUUUCCCUCAGCAGCGACUCUCUCGGAAGGCACGGGCGAAGACCAACGUGUUUGACCCGGACUACCUCGCCGGCAGCUCUCCGUUCUCGGAGCAUGACAUUUACAGCCGAGCGGCGAGUUUACAGCUGCGGGACGCUCAGUGUGGAGGAGGGAGACGACGCGCCAACCCCAACGCCUCUCGCAAGAAAUUCGUCAAGAGAAAGUGAAUCAGCUGUUCUGUGUUCAUUACAUUAAAGUGUUCAGGGCAGAGAUUGACAGAACGAGAAAUAUUUUUCACAUACGAUUACUUGGUCACGUUUUAAAUUAUUAUAAUCCAACAUGAGCUUACGUUCUAAUACGGACGCACUAAUACCGACAGCGAGCGCAGUCAGAUACAAGUCGUGUACUUGUAAACGUGCUCCGAUAUGAUCUAAUAAUACACUGGAAAAAAAAAAAAUCCAGAGGAGGAACUCAAGAAUCAUUUGAUAAUACAAGUAACCUGACCAUAUUUCAAUAAAUGUUGGCUUUAAAGUGACGAGUCGACGUAUUAAAAAGCUGAAUGGAGCUAGAAUAACCCCGAGCUACUUCAAUCACACGCUGUAUUGCCUGCUGCUUCCUCAUUAUAAUAUUAUAACAAGCGAGGUCACAGCAAACAUGGCAGAACAUUUCAAUUCUAACCUCUAUAGAUGUGUAAUAAGUCAAGAUUACCAGUAUUUCGUAAGCCAUCAUUUCUUAGAACCAGUGAAAAGUGACGUCUUUGUUCGAUCCGCUGUGGGUCGCGACCUCUGACCCCCACGGAACUUUUCCAGACGAACACGUGGUUAGGAUGACGCGUACCGGCUAUGGAGAUGGUUAUCGGUUCAAACCAUUCAGAAAGGGGAGUGAGUGAGUGGAUUAAACGAUUCCUGAGCCAGUACAUCGACCUGUGCGUUCUUGCAAGCACUGCAGAGAUGCCUACCCCAAAUUUUGAAUUUCAGUAUUCUUGAAAACAUUUUUCAGUAUUUUGGAAUGACUUUCAGUAACAUUAAUUUAUGCGCAUUUCCAUUAUAAAAAGGUAUAUAUACACACCAAUAUGUUUAACAUUUAAAUUAUUAAAAAGAACUGUUUUGUGUGAAUUGAAUAAACAAAACGCGAGCAGCCAUCUCAACUGAAUUUCCACUCAACAAAUUUCUAGAGCAUACAAUAUAAUCACAUUUUUAUAAAUACAAUAGUGUUCCCUGUUUGCAGACAUUACGGUUGACUACCAAUCAUUGGCAUUGAAUGCAACUCCUCAAAAGUAUUAUAUUAUAUUGCCUGGCAAAAUGUUCUACCUGUUAACGGAUUCUAAUAAAAUUAAAAAAAAAAUUUAUUUCAUGCCAAAGAGAGUCCGACAUUAUCUUAAUGUCCCAAUAUAUAAAUACUUCAGCAUAAUGCUUCAGAAGAGACACUGAAUAAAAUGACAUAAUUGUAUUUAAAACAGUGGAAUGAUCAAUUUUUUGCCACAAUCCCAACAGCACUAAUCAUAAAAUUCUGUUUUUGAUCAUACUACAUGUACAUUUGCACUUGCAACACUGAAAAGACUUUGAAUUAAAGAAGUCCAGCCAGUGUUUGAUAUUUCAGUGAAUAAAAAUCAGACAUGUAAAAAGAAACUGAAUAAGUUUAACUCUCAUUUCAUGGCACUAAUUGGCAAGUUCAACUCCAAGCACAGGUCAACCAUCACCGCUUCAGCACGGGUCACGUUCCGUGUCUUUUCAUCCACACAUUUCGUAAAAAACUGCUGGAUACGCCCAGAUUUACUUUUCGCCUGACUCGCCAUUCCAGCAUACUCCAUAUGUUUUUUUUUUUUUUUUUUUGUAGCUGACAUGGCGCGUGCAGUCAUCGCGACCACCACGAGUGAUGUUAAUGUCAGUUCUACACAGUUUGCAGUGCGCGUAUCCAUUGCCCUUUUGACUGGGUGUAACGCACGGCCAUUCUACCGUAUCGAAAAUAGCGCGAACAAAUGUGCGGAAUCUGCACGUCACACACAGCAUGUGCGGUUGUCGUAAAAAUAAAUAGCCUAGCCGUGAAUCGCGCAUGGAUUGAAAAAGUCGCUUGGACAUUUAAAAACAACUCACUGGAAUUUAAGACUUUAUAAUAAUUCCGUACAGAAUAACACUGUUUGCCGUAACAUCGUAUUUACGUAACUUUUCCGUACAAAAUACGGCCAAUCCAUACUAGUAGGCAUCUCUGGCACUGUGAGACACGGUUCCUUUCACCAGCGUCCAUGCUUUACAAAUAGUGCUCGUUUUUAACAGGCUGGUUCUGCUCGACCCAAUCAGACCGGGCCCUCUUACGCUACGUUCACACUGCAAGGCUUAAUGCUCAAUUCCGAUUUUUUUGUGAGGUCGUUCACAUUAACAAAUAUAUGCGACUUGUAUGUGAUCCUCAGUAUGAACGAAAAGCGACCUAAAAGUGUUCCGCAUGCACAUUGCAGGAUACGACGACGUCACACGCAGUGAGCAUGGCCAGUGUUUACGGAAGUAAAACCGCCCGGUUGCGGUAUGACCCAUCCAAUCUAGCUUGAAUAGCUGUAUCCCCCCAAAUGGAAAUCAGCUCCCUAACCUCUGCGUCCUUCCAUUGAGAAGAUUCAGAACCUUCACAGCCCGAAGCGUCCCUCGCAUUGAUGUCAUGCGCAGGGGCGCAGAUACGUUUUUUGAACUGGGGGGGACAAAGCUGCCAGCAAAUCAACCCCAACCCCGAUAUACCUGUCAAACUUGUUGUGGGUUACUAUAGCAACCAAGCUCGAGCUCGCAACCUGUGCAGUCUGCGCAGCUCAACCAACCGAAUAUCAGUCUGUUUUGUUUUAUGUGAGUUGUUGCAACUAUGUAUACACUGCUGUGCACCUCAAUAAACCGAAUGGUAAUUAGUCUUUUGAUUUUUCCGUGAGGUUUGCCUUAUGCAAAGAAAGACAGCAUAGACGUUUUUUCCUCCCUAUAAGUGGGGGGGACCGAACGAGGUGAAUUUAAAUCUGGGUGGGACGACUCCCACCCUCUAUCUGCGCCCGUGAUUAUGCGCCAUGUUGUUGUAACUUUUUUUGAGAGACCCGCCGCCUACUUCAGCGCAGAAUAGUGACGUUUGUGGCUUGUUGAUGACGUGUAAGUCGGAUGAAUGCGACCUGGCGGUUCAGACUGAAGUCGCAUAUGAAAAGAGCGGAUAGGGAUCGGAAUUAGGACCACAUAUCCAAACGGCCUGGGUCGGAUUUGAAAAAAUCGGAUCUGUGUCGUUCAUAUUGUCAAUAAAAGAUCGGAUACAGGUCACAUAUGGGCGAAAAGAUCGGAUUUGAGUCACUUCAGCCUGCAGUGUGAACGUAGCCGUCGAAGCGCCAUAACUAACAUCUUAAAUACCAGGGUUCCUACACCUCCUGGAACUCAAGGAUCCAGAACAGUUUGAGACAUGGAUCAAGGUUGAUUACCGUUUCGACAUGAAGAAAUUUAUAAUGAGAACUAGCAGGCUUUACAAAAGCUCACAGUCAACAAUUAGAGAGAGAGAGAGGCGCUUAAGUGCGUCAAGACUAUAUGUGGGCUCGUGCCUUUGCCAACACAACACACACAAAAAAAAAAAAAAUACACUCACGCUGCCGUGCAGAGGCAAACUGCAGUCUCGGCACAAUCGCUGAAUUAAGAUAUGGCGUUUUAUGUUUACCCUUCACUGGGGGAGAAAAAAACCCAAAACGUAAUUACUCAAAAUACGCAGAUACUGCAGUUUGCCUUGGAGUUGAAGAGCUAAUGAAGUAACUGUUUGUUUAGUUCAUUAGCACCAGCUCUUCAUAAAGAUUUUUCAUGACCAUGGCCAAAUAGAGAAACAAACGCCACCUGCUUCAAGAAAGUACAGUGUGCACGAGUGAUCGUCAUCGAACGAUGCAGGUUAAACAGCGACAAGAAAGCUAAUGUUAAAAGUGAAGUUAACUCUAUGUUGUAGCGCUCGAGAAAAGUUUGCCAAAUUUAAUCCCGAGCGCACGAUGAUGCAGCCUUAAGGGUUUUCAAUGUCUACGCUAAAUAUAAAUUCGAUGACUUCGAACGAUCCGUGUCCAUUUAUGUAUCUGUUCACAAACAUUCAAGAACUUGUCAGAACCGCCGAAAUACACAGCCGCGACCAACAUGAACGGCGCUGAAGAACAUGUUCGCCGUUGCCCUGAUUGCUAAAUAUUAAGCAGGUUACUGAUUUCAAUACUAAAGAAAAAAAAAUACUUUUGUGUGUCGUCUAACAAGUCUACAGUUCCUUAUCCUCUGUAUUCAUGACUAAAAAAAAAAAUUCCUGACAUGCUGAUGUAAUUUUAAAUAUACGUUAUUUAAUCAUG